AACCAUUGUCAGAGAACCUCAUCAUGUUCCUGUAACUGUAAGAAAGAACCUCCUUGUCUGUAUACGAUCGGUUUGAAGCAAAUUAAACUAUUAACAUCAUUUACACUACUGCAGAUUAGAACCCAGGAGCUAGCUAAAGCGAAAUUCCUUGGAGAAUCAAAAUGGAGCAAACACAACCCCGAGUACCACACGUAGUCUUGUUGCCUUUCCCUUCUCUUGGCCACAUCAAACCCAUGCUCAGCCUGGCAGAGCUUCUCAGCCAUGCCAGUUUCCAAGUCACCUUCCUAAACCCUCAGCAGAUCCACGAUCGUCUCCUUCUCUCCAUGGAUAUGCCUGCAUUCCACCGUCGGCACCCGGAAUUUGAGUUCUUGUCCAUGCCUGACCCUGUUCGUCCGUCACGCGAUCGUCCACCCCCUGGCCUAUUUAGCCUCCAUGACAAGAUAUUGUCUUUAGGGUCUGUGAUCAAGCCAGCGCUCGGUGAGCUUUUGAUUUCUUUCAACCAGGAAAAGGGACGGCGACAGCCUGCAACGUGCAUAAUAGCAGAUGGGUUAUUGUCAUCUCCUGUUAUUGAUGUUUCAGAGCAAUUUGAGAUUCCUUUCUUCCCUUUGCGAACAUUGAGUGCUUGUUGCAUCUGGGCUUACUUUAAUCUACCAAAGCUCGUGGAAGAAGGGGAUGUUCCUUUUCAAGUUGCCGAUGAAGACAUGGACAAGCUAGUCACUUGCAUUCCGGGACUGGAGAAUGUUGUUCGACGCCGUGAUCUUCCAGGAAUUUUCAGGAUCAAGAGAGCCAAUGAUCCAGCUUUGGAAUCCUUUAUCAACGAUCAAACCUUAGUCUUGCCACGGGCAUCUGGUUUGAUACUCAAUACCUUUGAUGAACUUGAAGCACCCGUGAUAGCUAAACUUGGUUCUCAUUUUACCAAAGUCUACACUGUCGGCCCUUUGCAUGGUCUUUCUACCGUCCGCAUCAAUGACCUGAUACCUUUAGCAUCAGGUGAAAAUAUUCUAUGGAAAGAAGACACAAGUUGCAUGACAUGGCUUGAUUCUCAGCUGUCAAAUUCAGUUAUUUUUGUUAGCUUUGGUAGUGUAAUCAUCUUGACGCGUGACCAGAUGUUCGAGUUGUGGCAUGGCUUGGUUAAUUGUGGUAAACCCUUUUUGUGGGUCAUUCGAGAAGACUCAGUUAUUGGAGAGGAUGGUCCAAGCUUAAUCUUGGGGAAGCUUAAAGACAUGACGGGAGACAAAGGGCUGCUGGUGAGUUGGGCACCUCAAGAACAGGUCUUGACACAUCCAGCCAUUGGUGGGUUCUUGACUCAUAGCGGAUGGAACUCAACCUUGGAGAGUAUAUUUGCAGGCGUGCCCAUGAUCUGUUGGCCUGCAAUCGGUGACCAGCAAAUGAACAGCAGGUUUGUGAGUGAUGUGUGGAAAAUUGGUUUUGACAUGAAAGAUUCGUGUGAUAGAUCAUUGAUUGAGAAACUGGUGAGAGAUCUGAUGGAGGAUAAAAGAGAAGAGAUCAUGAAAUCAGUGAAUGAGAUUAAAAAGUUGGCUCAUGAAGCUGUCAAGGAAGGGGGGUCUUCUUUCUGCAACCUCGACAAAUUGAUUGAUGACAUACGGUUAAGGAGUCAUUUAGCUCACAACAAUUCUGAAGGCAAGAAGUGAUCUGAAGAAAGACAUGUUACCGUUAUCCAAUAGUCGUGACUUUGAGAUGAGGCAACCACAUGUUCUGGUCUUGCCCUUCCCUGCCCAAGGCCACAUCAAACCCAUGCUCUGCCUAGCAGAGCUCCUCUGUCAAGCUGGUCUCCG